AAAAUGGCGGACUAAUAAAAUGUUUUGGAUAACUGUGGAAAUAAUUGCUUAUUUUCCAUUUAUUAUAACGCGUGUGGUACUUCAAAUUUGACGCAAUGGCAGCAAGAAACUCGAAAAAGCUUGAGAUCAAUGAAAAGGUCAAGGAAAUAAAACGCAUGCAGCAAAACUGGAUGAAACAACGCUCCGAUUCCAAGGAAGGUGGAGAAAGGGCAACCUCAAGUGGACUUGGUCAAAAGAAAGUAACUCUAUCUGAGCAGCAUGCUAAGCCAAGCAUCACAACGUUUAGUCCUGGGAAACCAGGAUAUAAGGGGCAGGUCUACAAAACAGAACAGCAGCUAGGAAACAGGGGGCAUGUUACGACACCAAAACAGCCAUCAUUAUCACUCCACCAUACAAAAAAAGUCAAAAGUUCCCAAGUUUCCGCGCAAAAUUCCGUGCCUCUACCAACUAGGAAAGAAUGUGGUCUUGAUUCUUUCACCAACAAAAAACAAACCAAUGACUCACUGUAUCACAACAAUAAGGAUUUCAAGGACAAGUUUCGUCAUUGGUUGAAGGUGAAAAAUGUGCCUAUUGAUGAAGACUCUGUGUCUAAGGUCAAAACAGAGAGGACAAAUAAUAAUGAUGUCGUAUUAGGUUUUCCAGAGUUGAUUCAUAAACAAAGUGAUUCCUUAAGUGCAGAAAAUACAAUAGAAAAUUUAGCAGAUGACAUUGUAUCUCGUGUCAGAAAUCAGUUGUACACUGCUGAAAAAGUGGAAGAUGUACCAUACUAUAAAAGGAGAAAUGAGUGGGAUUCUCGAGGUGAUACAGGUGUUCAGCCAACGGUGAGGUCAGAGGUUUCAUCAAAGUGGGAUGGGAGUGAACAGCAAAGUCUUUUGGAUGAUGAUCAGUACGACAGCCAUAUCUGCCCUGUUUGUCGACAGUUGAUGGUCUCACCAUAUGUGCCAAUGUUGUUAAUCCCGUGUGGUCAUACCGGCUGCAAAUCAUGCCUGGUCUCCCGUGUCCUCUGCCCCAUGUGCGGAGCUGACAUCAAAUCACAAACCGUAAAUGUCAUGCUGCAUCAGAUCAUUGUCAGCCACCAGGAGGAGAGAAAACCUAAACCGACGGUUGAAUAUUCAGCUGGCAAUUACACAUCUGGUGCUGACUACGAAGAAGAAUAUGGUUCACUUUCGAUACGCUGUGAAGCUCUGUCGUGUGAGCUAGAAGAUUCCGACAAAAACGUUGAGAAACUUGUGGCAGACCUGUCGCAGGAGAGGAUGCAGUGUCAGAAUAUUGAACAGGAAGAAGAGAGAAUAACAGGGGAAAUAACACAAUUGCAGGAAUCUCUUGCCCAGUUGAACAUGCAUAAACUUGAAUACAAACAGAAUUGCCACGAGCUUGAACUGAAGCAUUCUGAGGAGGUUAAAAAGGUGGCGCUACUUCAGGCCACGCUGCAUGGGCUGCGCGGGGAGAUGGAAAAGGUCAAGAUGUUAUGGGAGGGCAUUAACACAUGAUGCAAGUUCAAAGAAGUACACCUUAAAAUUCGAAAGGACUUGAACUUAUUGUAACGAUGUCCACUCGCUGGAGCUGAUGAGAACUUUGAAAUAGCCAACCAGGACUUCUUGAAGAAGUCUCUGUUGGUCUAGUGGUGCACUGAUAUUACUGUUAACGAAGGUUAUCCUUUACACACAUUGUGAGUACUGAGGUGUAAUCAUCGAGUCCGUCCAAAAUCACGCAAUCUAUUUUUGCCUUUUAUUUGAAUAUCAUUUGUAGAAUCCUGGGAUAAUCUAGUCGAUUGAAUUAAA